ACAUCGAUUUGUUGUUCCAGCUCUAACUACCACUGUCUGCAAAAUAUUUUAAACAAAAGUGCUUCUUAAUUAAGUAAUUUACUUAUUAUUAGGGUUUCUUUUGUUUGGAUCUGGGCCGAAUUACGGUUGUGCAAGUGUUUCGUUUGGUUUGUUGGCGUGUUUAUCCUAGUUUGGCGGCCCUUUGGACUCGUUCGUGUAUCGCCAUCUCGCUCCCACCCCCGCAAUCGGCUUCGUGCGUAUUUUUUUGUGCAUUUUUACACAGAACUCACACUUUUGUAUGGUCAAAGAAUUUGUACUUUAUUUUUGCACUUGAAGAACAAGAGAAAAUGAAGAAACCGAUGUGCAAGUGGUAAUCACUUAUUUUUGGCAAGCGGUGAACUUCGCUGACUUUUGACCAGCGAAAAAGAUGGAGGAGGAUAAUGCCAAGGCCCUAAGUAAUAACAACAACAAGACCAACAACAAGGGACGCCAGCAGCUGCAGGGACACGCCCACAGCACCGCCCACGCCUCCGUCGAUAUAUUUAUAUUCGAUUUAUAGUAGCUGUAGUUGUAGUCAUGCCAACAACAAAAACCCAAACACAGACAACAACAACUUGCAGCGAAGAGGAAGAAGCGGCGAUAAUACGAGAAAAUUGCGAUACGCCAAUGGCGACCCCAGCAAAUACAACAACAGCAAACACAACAACUGCAGCAGCCACAACAACAACAAGAACAGUAAAUACGCACAGACAAGAAGAAGAAGCACCGGCAGCAGCCGCAGCAGCAGUUGCAUCCACAUCUAGUGUCACGAAAACAGCAGCCGCAGCAACAACAACAGCAACAAUAAACAUAUUAUCCGCUGCAGCGGGAUGCCACAAGCCGUUAUUCUUCAGCCGCCGCUUUCAGGACAAACGGAACUUUAGCUCGCUACCGCUCUUCGUCUACGCGACCUCGCCCUCAACGCACGCCCACUCAGCGGACGGAGUAGGCGUGGCCAAGGAGGCAGCCGCUUUUUGCCACAAGAAUGAAGGCUUCGAACCUGCAACGCAUGGCAUCAGCAAAACGGACGGAAGCUGCAUCAGCCACCACAGUGAGAGCAACCGGAACGGGAACGCGAACGGAAUCGGAGGCGUCAACGGGAGCGGAAUCGUCGGCCACCAUCUCGGUGGAGUCCUGCGCUCCACUGACCUGAGCAGCGGGGCCAUGGAAUGCCUGCCGAUGAGCAGUGCCGCCCAUCACCCACAUCUGAUGGCGGGUGCGUCGGCGGUUGGAGCCGUUUCCGCCUCUCCCACGGCGACCGUGGUGGUGGGGGCCACGUAUCCGCACCACCUGCACCACCACCACCUGAGCCACCACACGCCGUACAGCAACAGCUACGGCAGCCACCACAUACACAGCGAGCAGACCAAGUCGCUGCAGGAGCUGCAGCACGAGGUUGGCGCCCUGCUCGAGUUCAGGGACCUGGUCAUAGAAACAUUUCCCGACCUCAAGCACAAGAUGGCCUCUAUGUCUGCCACGCCCUCGACGCCCACAUCUUCGGUGGGUGCCAUCGGUGGCAGUCACUCGGUGGGUGGCGGCAGUUCCUCGCUAGCCACCAGCAGACGUGAGUGGGAGCCGGGCAUACGAAUGAAGCGAAAACUGUCGCACAAAGAACCGUCCACGUCGUCAGCGGCAGCUGCUCCUUCCUCUGGAGCUGAGGCGUCGUCCUCGUCGCUGACGCGCAGCCGUAGCAAUUCGCACAGCGGCAAAAAAGAGCCAAAGAGCGGAGAGAACAACAACGGAAGCGUUGUGCAAGACUCCGGCUUCUCAACGGAGACCAGUUCCUCCAAGGAGGGCCACAGUGCCUCCUCCACCAACGGUGCUAUGACGGUGGCCAUAGCAGCGAAUCGCCUGAGCUGCGCGGAAUCGGACGAUGAGCUGCUCAACCUGCUGGACGUCAUUCACCGCAAAUCCAAUCGCUUACGCGAGGAAGUGGAGCACUUGCAGAGCUACGAGCGCCAGCAGGGGGAUGCUCAAAAGACAGGAGGCGAAGGGGGCCAGGGUGCUAGCAAGGAUGGAAUGACAGCGCAGCAGUUCCGAGAGCAGGUGGAGCGACUAAAUCGCGAGGACAUCAAACAGCUGCGCAAGGAGCGCGACCGUCUGCUGGACAAGCUGGCCGAAAUGGAGGCGGAAACGCUGACCGGGCGCAUUAAGGCGGCCAAGAUGAGCGACCAGGUGGAGGAGUUGGUAGGAGUGAAGAAAGAUCUCGAGGAGCAGCUAAAACUGGCGAUGGCCCAAAAGCUAGAGUUGAGCUCGCGGGUGCAGCAGUUGCAGCAGCAGCAGCAACAAAGCAAAAGCUCUUCCAGCGCCAGUCAGUCGGAUUACUCCAGUCAACGCAACUUUCUAUCCUCAGCCACCACUGUGCUCUCCAAUGGCAGUCGCCCCAGCAGCAACAUCAUUAGCAACAACACAUUCCAGCCGGUCGUCCUCGAUCAGCCAGCGCAGGAAGCAUUCCAUCAAAGCCCAGGCAGUGAUAUUCCAUUGAGAAAACAGCAACAGCAAUCUUUGGGACAUCUUGAUGGCAUCGUGAGCACGCCCGGCUCGCGCAACUCCAAAUGCCGUCUGGCCGACUCCAAGCGAUUCGCGGCCAUUCUAUUGGAAACAAAUGUUUUGGAGCUGCAGCGCCACUUGCUCACCCUUACCGUGCAGAACCAGGUGCUGGCCCAGAAGCUGGAAUCGUCCAGCAAGUCCAAGACGCUGCUGGCCAAGCGGCUGGACAAAAACAGCGAGGAGAUCGAGGAUCUGCGUUACCAGCUGACGGAGAAGACCAUCGAACUUGAGGGCACCAAGGCGCAGUUGCGUCUGGUGGAGUCCCGUCUGCAGGCGAGCAACAGCACCACCAACUCGUAUCUCCAUUCAUCGCAGCAUGACUACGAGACCAAUCGCUCCUCGGCUUCCACCACGCUAAUGCUGAGUCGUCGUGGAGUUUCCGAUUCGGUGGACUCUACAUCGUCGGCUAUGCCUGCCCCGCCAGUCACACAGAUCAGCACGCCCAGCAUGAAGGCCAUGGUGCCGCUGGCCAUGGAUGAGCUGCAACAGCACAGUAGUAGCACGGAGUCGGCGCACGAGCACGAGAAUCAAGCGCUUCAAACACCCAACAGCACCAUCUCCCCCCUCAGCAAGACGAUGAUAAAUGCCAGUCCCUGUCCGGUGGGAAGCAGUACGCCCAGUAAUAUAGCCGCCCGUGUGAUGAGCAUCAGUGUGGGCGGAGUGAGUCCGUUUGAGGCCAUGACUCCACCGCCGCGCCAGAAUGCGUUCCGAAAGUUUGGAAGUGCCAGCAAGCCCAGCAAGAUUCCGCUCCCGGGCAGCAAGGCGGCGGCCUAUUUUUCGGGCAAACCGCCAACGGGAAGACCUUCGACGGCGGGUCGAUCUCCCCCAUCGGCGCACAACUCUAGUAGCACCUCGUAUGGUAGUAAAUCCUCGCUGAGCAGAAGCACGGGAAAUUUGCAAAGCCUGCGAAGAGCAGACACGUCCGCCUCCAACCACUCGCUGAGUACGAACACGAGCCGGAGUUCAACUUCCUCUUCGAUUCCGCUGGCCACCACACCUUACUCAUCCGGCUCGACUGGCAAUCGCAGCCAGCCAACAGCCGCAACGACUCCGUCCCCGCGUGUGCUCCAGAACUCGCCGCUGCCCAAGCUGAAGCGGGAUUCGAUCAGCUCCAGGGUGCGUCAUCUGGACUCCCUGUCACGUGCCCAGCAGUCGCCGGAGGGCCUGAAGGGAACCACCACCAACUCCGCCUCCAUUACCGCUCAGCUGAGCUCGACGCUGCGCAAAGAUCUCCAGCUGAGUGGAAACGGGACCGGAGCUCCCUAUCAUCAGCACCAGCAGAACCACAGACGCAGUGGUCACUCGCCGGCAUCCAACUCCUCUGGUAGCGGCGUGUCCAGGCGUUACAGUAGUGCCUCGACUGGGGGUUCCGGUGGUCGAGCCAUCGGCCGGGAUCAGGGUGAGGCCACCACGCCCACAUCCAGCUAUGGCGGCGACAGUGAUAGUGGCAAGAAUUUGGCCAACACCGUUGAAAAGCCAAAUUUCCGUCUCAAUAACCACAGUUGGCAACUAUGGCAAACGAGCAGCAGCAGCCAGGGAAAUGCUCAAGUGCAACGAUAUCUGCCCCAUGAGCUGCACGAUGUGUCCGAGGAGACGGCCUACGAUUCGUACUACACCGAGUAUACCACGCCCGAUUCCAUGGACUGUGCCACGUCCAAUCUCCUGGUCACUUUCGACUACGGCUACAGUGACUCGAUCGAGGCCAGAGCUUAUUCUGCAGCUCCGGACGAUGAUGCGAUGAUGGGCGAAGGCGCUGAUCCUGUAUAUGGCGAUGGGUGUGCGGACGAGGUGGAUGCCAUCUGGUUUGGUACUCCGCCCAGGGACACGAAGGACGAGAAACUGUUUGAGGUGCAUCAUGUGCAGCACAAGCUGCUGGAUGAGAGCCUGCAGUCCUUGAUUUCCUACGACGUUGAUGAUUUUGAGGAGGAGCUAUCGGAGCCAGAGCCGGAUGAAGAGAUUUUCUAUGACAGCAUUGAGUGUGGUUAAGAGAUGCUGGGUGCAGGCGUUUAACUAUCAACCAUCAUAUCUAAACUAGUCCUUAUUUUCAAACCCCCUUUUCACACCUUGUUUUAUUGUAAUUAUCGAAAGAAAAUGGAAAAAUGGAUAAAUAUGUGUAUGUAGCUGUAGUAUAGUGUUACGUGACGUGUAUAAUGCUAAUUUAAUUAUAUAUUUGGUUUAACUAUCCAGCGGCCCUGCAAUGAUCGAUUGUAACUGAAAUGAAUUGUGACUGAAUUGUAUUGAAUUGUAUCGUAAUGUUUAUUUUCUCCAUUAACCAUUCAGGGCUUUAGUCUAUACGUAAAUGGUUUCUUCGACUAUUUAUUAGUAGCGUACAAUACGUAUGC